AUGUACCGAAAAUGGGGCGAAAGGCCGGUGAACAAUACAUCAAUACGGAGCCCAGAGAGAGAAAGCGAACGAGACAACAGCAGUUGGGCUGAAAAAGAGUGGGUAAUAGUCAGCCUGGGAGAAUCAGUAGUUGCUGAUGGGGACUAUUUGUAUCUGACAGUGAGUUGGUUGGGUAGCAGCCCAUGUGACAACAAAGCCUGUUCAAACAUAAACAUUAAUGAUGUCCUUGGGAACUAUUCUUUAACUCUGAUCGAUGCACUUGAUACAUUAGCGAUUUUGGGCAAUGCUUCUGAGUUCAAGAGAGCAGUGAAGCUGGUGACUACUACAGUCUCUUUUAAUAAAGAUUCAACCGUGCAAGUCUUUGAGGCAACUAUCAGGAUUUUGGGGAGUUUGCUAUCUGCACAUAUGAUAAUAAUGGACCCUGCUCAACCCUUUGGAAAUAUGACCCCAGAUGGUUAUGAUGAUGAAUUGCUUCACUUAGCUCGUGACCUGGCUGUGAGAUUGCUGCCAGCAUUUGAAAACACCAACACUGGCAUUCCUCAUCCUAGGGUAAAUCUAAAGAAAGGGGUGCCUUCUACUUGCCUUAAUGAAACCUGUACUGCUGGAGCUGGCUCUCUGCUUGUGGAGUUUGGAAUCCUGAGCCGUCUCAUUGGGGAUUCUACGUUUGAGUGGGUAGCCCGCCAAGCUGUAAGAGCCCUUUGGAAACUCAGAAGUGAUGAGACUGGACUUCUAGGGAAUGUGGUAAACAUUCAGACUGGACAAUGGGUUGGAAAACAAAGUGGAUUAGGAGCAGGAAUGGACUCUUUUUAUGAGUAUCUUCUGAAAUCCUACAUAGUGUUUGGAGAAAGUGAAGAUCUGGAGAUGUUUAAUGCUGCUUAUGAAAGCAUUCAGAAUCAUCUGAGAAGAGGCCGCGAAGCUUGUAAUGAGGGAGAGGGAGAUCCUCCGCUGUACGUUAAUGUGAAUAUGUUUAAUGGCCAACUCAUGAACACCUGGAUUGAUUCACUCCAGGCAUUUUUCCCUGGUCUUCAGGUUUUAACAGGUGAUAUAGAAGAUGCAAUUUGUCUUCAUGCCUUUUACUAUGCGAUAUGGAAACGCUUUGGAGCUCUUCCAGAGCGGUAUAACUGGCAACUCCAAGCACCUGAUGUGAUGUUUUAUCCACUGAGGCCUGAAUUAGUUGAAUCCACUUACCUGCUUUAUCAGGCAACAAAAAACCCUUUCUACUUGCAUGUGGGAAUGGAUAUUCUCCAGAGUUUGGAGAAAUACACCAAAGUCAGAUGUGGUUAUGCCACACUUCACCAUGUGAUAGACAAAUCAAAGGAGGAUCGAAUGGAGAGCUUCUUUCUCAGUGAAACCUGUAAAUAUUUAUAUUUGCUAUUUGAUGAAGACAACCCAUUGCACAGAUCUGGGAGCAAAUAUAUUUUCACAACCGAGGGCCAUAUUUUGCCAGUAGACAAGCUUUUCAGAGAAAAGCCUUGGGAAGAUGUGUCUUCUAAAGAAGAAAGUACUGUGGAUAACUCUGGAGUACUGGACCACAAACCUGCCAACUCGAGCAUUAAUUGCAACAGAGUCCCCAGUGAGAGGAGAUAUGCACUUCCCUUAAAAGGAGUUUACAUGCAGCAGAUUGACCAAAUGGUGGGACUUCUUUAAACCAACCUCAAAGAACUCAUUGAAGAAUUGGCAGGGACUUAAUCUUCAACUAUGCAACUUUUUAUUUUGUGUACAAAUAUAUUGACAUUUAUUUAUUAAGAUUUUUACAACUUUUCAAAAAGAUUUCUAAACAAGUCAUUUCUAAUAGUGAUAAUACAUUUUAUACUCCUGCUUUUAUGCAGGAGUUUUUUUUGUUUAUUUGAAUAUGUAAUUUUGAUGCAUAGUGUCUUCUGUGAAGGCGUGCGAUUAAUUGUUUGACUACAGGGCUCUUCCAGAAAGUAUAAAAUGCAAGAUGGCUUACAGUAGGUAUUUAAAUGAGUUUGAAUAUUUGUGUAAUUUCCCCUUAAAUGUUUAAUGAUUUGAAAUAACAAAGUUUCAGAAUGCAUAGUUAUACUAAUGUAAGUGCUGCACUUGCAUGGGAACACCAUGAAAUGGUGAUAAUCUGGCAUAUGGAAGAUCGUUCACACGCUCUUGGGUGCAGGGGAUCCAAAUAUCAGGGUGAAAGUAUUUUCUCUAGAUUUGCCUAAUGUGCCUUGUACUUUGAACAAAAGUAGAUCAUGGCAUCUUGUCUGAGCAUUAAAUAUGCCUUGACAUGCAAGUUGUCUGAUGUACAGUUGGUAUACCCCAAUAGUUCUAUUCUCGUGUGGUCUCGUAUUAUAGGAAAACGGCGUAAUAGCCACACCAUGUGUAAACUAAUGGGGCCAGAAUCGUGGUAUAGCCAAUACAUGUAAGGAAAGUUCACAUUCUGCAAAUAAUGAUCUAAAUUCUUUAAUUACUUUAAAGCCAAUUCGCAUUGCAGAAUUGGUUACUGCAGAACUGACUGUACAUGCUUUGCCCAUUAUAUGGUUGGCUGUUAUGGACUGCAACACUAUUAUGGUCAAGUGUGCCUUGGUUGAGAUCUAUUCAUCAACCACACUUUGUUACAUUUUUGUGAAGGAUUCCUUAUGACCUGACUUCUGUAAAUGCAAAAAUCACUCUGAUAUUGUAUUACCGGUCCCAAAACCACACAAAGGGAGCAACAUGUGUUGAACUUUGUUCAGUACCUCCUCCAUAUUAGUACAGCUCUGUUUGGGGCUCUAAUCGGCAUUCUUACGUUCCCUGGUAUUGCAUAAUUGUUCUCGUGUGUCAUCUUAAUGUGGUUGCCUUCAGUUGAGACUUCAGCAAUUUCAACUUCAUAAUCUUGUGCAUGCAUGACCACUGAAUUCUAUCAAUGUUUUCAGAGCAUCUGUUUCUGAAUUAUAUAGUAUAAAUGAAUCUUCAGAUGGGCAAUUAUUGAAUUGCAUUUUAUGUUUUUGUAUCUGAUGAACUGGCAUUGGGUGACAAUGAAUAAGUUAGGCUAUUGUGAUGAAAUAUCUAAAUCUUUUCAGCAAAGUGUGAAGCAGUGUUUAAUAUUGCUUCCCGGACUUAGACGUAAUCACUUACUUUCUGGUCUAUUUUGUAUAUGUCAGUUAGGGCACCCUUUUUCUUAGGUGCAUGCAUUUUUGUUCUCUGAUAUAAAAUUUCAGCGUGGGUUUAAUGUUGUGGAAAUUUCAGCUUUGAUCUUCUGCGUAGACUACUGGCUAGGACUCUUAAUUAUCUAGGCAGAAGGGAAGAGAUGAAGAAAGAGGGAAGCUGAUUCUGUAUUCCCUAAUCUGCCUGUCUAUGUUUCAUCAGCUGGCAAUUGAGAUUUCAAGUGAAGAACACAGUUUCAUAGUUCCAAAAUGACUGUGUGCAUGAAGUUGCGAUGCGGUGCAGAGAUUGGUCAAUACUGCUUCCCGGACAAACAAUUUUUAAAGACAAUUUUAUACAGCACCUUUCACAUCUUUAUCAUUUUAUAAGCAAAAGUGAAUUUUGGUGAUGCUAUGCGUUGACAUUUUGUGACAGUAUUUUCUGACACCAAGUGUUUAAGGAGCUGCUCGUGCUUCAUUUAAUCCACUGUAAUUCCAGCUGUGCAAUAGUGGGUUGCAUUUCAGUAACUCUUUCUCUCGAUCUAAUCUCCUAAUAAGGCAGCUCUGUGCAAUAUCUUAAGUGAAAUAAGACUGAGAACUAAAAGUAGUGAAAUCAUGGCUCAGAAAUGAUAGCUUCUCAGUACUGCAUGUCUCAUCUAAAGACCUCCAGUUUUUCCUACUGUACAUCUGAAAUAUCUGUACUUGCAGCUGGAAAAAAAUCCUAGUUAUUCAUGGUUUCCUUGAUGAAUUGAGAGACCUAGAAACUGAGCAGAUUUGUGUAUUCAUUUAUUAGAAGGAAGGUAUUGGAUUGCCUGCAUCCUUCUGAAACUACAUGUUGUUGUAUUUGGCUGUAUUUUUUUUUGUCCAACAGUAUUUGAAGUUUUGUUUUGUGCAGAGUUACCUACAAUUCACCCUUUAAUUUUGAGUUUCCUAUAGAUUUUGAGUGGUCUGUCUUUUUUGGUGUAGAUGCGGAAAGAAUGAACCUGAUCAGGCAACAGGAGCUAUCAUAGAGGGAUCUUCCUUUGGUUAAAUGUGCAAUGAAGGUGCCAAAUGUUGAAGGUUUUAACAUUUUCUAUUUAUAUCACACCUUUUUGAUAUAAUUGACCAAUCUGCGUGGAGCGGCAGAGAGGAUAUAAGCACAUUUGAUCUGACUUUAUUUUUAAAAAACAUAGGAUAGGUGAAUUGUCAAACUUUGUUUCUUAUGAAUAAAAGUAUUUACCUAAAACCUGAAUGUUUAAUAUGCAGGAUAAUGUUGAACCAUUAAAGUUUACCAAAAUCAAUGUGCAAUACACUUAUAUAAAAGGAAAAUUGUAUAAAAUUUUAUUUUCCCAGAAAUGAGCAGUAGUAUUGAAAUUGUGAAAGGACCAAACAAAUGUCAAUAAAAUAAAUGCAGUGCCA